UGAAAAACGCAGAGGUUUACUAAAUGGCUGUUGAUACUGAGAUAACAUUACCCAGGUUACCCAUCUCCCUUUGCAAUAUCUCUGCAGUUUGCGCUGCUCCUGAACAUUCUUUGGGCUGCUCAGUUGUAAGUCCUAAGGUGUGAUGGGACGUCCUGCUAUGAAAGUUGCCCUUAAGGUAUCUUCCGCUGCUCAAACAUACUACAUUCAGGUACCACCUGUCCAGUAUCCAAACUAUAACUACUCGUAUGUGUGGCCGUACAAUCCAUACGGUAAUGUCACCACAACCACCACUGUCGCACCGACGUAUCGUCCUACGUAUGUGCCAAGCCAGCAAUACCCGUACUCGGGGAUACCGCAGGUGGUGAACUGUUCAGGCAUGAGCUGUUACGCACUACUGCCCUUGGUACCGGACUGGUACUCGCAGUCUGUACCUUACUACUCCUGGGGUUGGCGGAACUGGGCUGCUCGGUACUGGUCUGCAUGUGCCUGGUUCAUGUGCUGAUGUUCAACCGAUCGCUCCAAACACUCUAAUUCAAUAAUUCAAAGUCACCUUCUAUUAAAUAUUAUUGUGGAACUAAAUGUGAAGCUACAAGCAUAGUAGUCGAGCAUUAUUUGUGUAUCUUUUGAGUUCUUGGAAGUUCUUACACAAUUUACUGUUCUCAAAACUUACAAAUCAAUGACAUUUUUUUAGUGAACACCAAUUUUAGUCUAGCUGUAAAUAAAAACCCUAAUUUUAUCAAACUAAUCUGAAAACAAUACGAAAUAGUGCUCUGUAAAAAUUGAUGAUUAUGAGGGUGUGUAGUUUGUAUUUUUUUUUUUAAUUUAUAUAAAGUUUUGGCCAUUCAUUUAAUAUAAAGCAACAAGUUUAGGGUUCUUUAUCAGCAACCCGGCUUAGUUUAUAUUCCUGAAUAACAUCUGGUCUAAAAUUAUAGAAUGGGUAAAAAUCUGAAUUUUUAUCUCUAAGAAGUUAAAAAAAAAUUUGAUUUAUAGAGCAAUUAUUUCAUAAUACGUACAGUAGAUUAUUAUUUUUAACUUUGAUGAUGAUUACAAUGCUUUGGAAAUAUAUUUUAAAAUUAUAACUGAAUAAAAAUAAGCCAUUUAUUUCUUCCAUUCCUCUAUGCCAUUUUAAAUUAAGUUUUUGGGUAAACUUAGUUGUUGUUGAGUAUUUAUUUAGUAUUUUUAUGUGUUUUCCUUCUAUUUAUUAACUGCCACUCAUUAUUAUAUUAGGUAUGUUUGUACCACAGCCAUUCAAAUGUUAUAAUCACUCUCACUAAAUUCAAAGUAUAAUAUUAAUAAAAUUAUAAAUGUAAAUUUUCCUUGAACAGGUCUCCUUACCGAUAAGUCACGUUGAGUUGGUAAGGAUAAAAUAUUGUAUUAUUUCGUUAUGAAUAAAUUCAAUUCAAUUCAGUUUUAAAAAUCCAAUAAUUUAUUGUUAUUUUAUGCUUUAUGUAACAACAUUCAGUUAACAAGUGAGAUUGUACCAUUCAAUGGUCAGUGUUUACAGAGUAAUUGUUGCAACUUCUUCAGUUGUGUUCUUUAGGUGGGUAAGUCACCUGUAGAAACCUUAGUCAGCAGGUAUUGGAGUCACGUACACAGAACCCUUUAUGAAGCAUCAAAGGUAAAAAUCAUAGAGCGUCAAAUUGGGUGAAUGUGAACACCUUGCGUACAAACCAUUUCAUCUGGCCCCUAGCCUCCAGCCAAUUCUGCCGUUGAAUAUAGCCAAAUGAAGUUGUC